AUGCGCCCAUCAGUCAAACCCUCGGCAUACCCGCCGCUGCCAUUUCAUUUCAUCCGAUUCCUGAUCUCCCUCUCCUCAAUCGUGGUAGGUGUGAUCUUGGCAGUGUUUACCUACCACCUCCACGCCGAUGGCUACAAACUACCCUAUUCAUUCCUGGUUGUAAGUCAACAUCAAAAUAACACACCAUCCUCCCCAGACAAUGCUAACAAGAAACCCCAGCUCUUCGUCUCAUCGGGCCUCUCCCUCCUCAAUAUAAUCCUAACCUCAGUAAUUCACUGCAGCUGCGGGCUAUCAACCAAACUCUCCAUAUCCCUCAACAUCCUUCUGAUAAUCCUCUGGGCGCUAUCCCUGAGCCUGCUUAGCUGGAACUUGUCAAGCACAAUAACAACAGCCUGCACAACAACCUAUUGGGGCAACUCGACCGGCAUCGCCGUCUGCCGAAGCUACAAAGCCCUCUUCACAUUCAGCGCCACCGGGCUGGUCAGCUACGUCGCCGCAGUCUGGCUAGAUGUGAUCGUGCACCGUCGACAAACCCGUCUCGGCGCCUACGACCCCAUGGGAUCCCGCCCAGGCCUCGAUGACUCGGGCGCUUUCGAUGUUAAGAUGGAUGACCGCUACAGCGAGUCAACCCCCGCUUUGCACGAUUAUGAUAACGUGCCCCCUGAGAUGUCUGGUGCGCACGGCCAGGGAUAUGCGCAGGGAUCCCCGGUUUCGGAGCAGAAUUUGGAACAUGCGCAUGCUGGCGAGGCGCAGAGUUAUUAUGAUACUGCGCCUGGAAUGAGUCACCGGGGGGGUGCCUAG